UUUACAUUUAUUUGUUUACAUAUCUAUAUUCAUAUCUGCUUUUAAAAGAUUUUAAUAGGACGGGUUUUAAGAUACUCUAUCUUGAUUACAAAAAUGCAUUCCAUUAUUUUUAGGACUAUGGGAAGUUUUCGACUUUUCUCUAAUUUUUUAGUAAUAAACAAUAUUUAAAAAUCAACAAUUGAAACCGAAAAUAGUUAAAAACAAGUAUCUAAAAGUCUUGCAUCGGAAAAGUGUCAACGGUUAUAUGUUAAAUAUAUCUGCACCUUAUCAAGAACACCCUCAACAAAAGCUCGCAAAAAGCUUGUGAGCUUUGCAUACUUGACAAAUCAAUAGGAUAAAAAACUUUUGUGCCAGUCUUACUCAACGCGUACACAACAGGAUAACGGUGCGACCUUAUAGCGGCUAUAAUCUUUCAGUUAUUUGGUUAAUUUCAAAAGGAAUAACCUCUUAGAAAGAGGUUCUCAAAACUAGAAAACAGUCAAAGGUAUAUAAAAGGUAUAUAAAAGCAGGGGAGGAAAAUCUGCAGCAAAGGAAACUUUGAACUUAUUGAGCAUCUAAUAUCGAUGUAUAUAUCUGUAUUUUUAUGGACGCCCACGUACAUACACACCAGCAGUAGCUUUGAAGCCUCAGCAAAAUGCGUGGUCUUGUCGAGGACACAAAAAAGACCAAGUUGUCGUCGACCAUCAACAACAACGUCAGCAGCAACAGCAGCAGUGGCAGCAAUCGCCUAAAAUCAGCUAGUACAGUGGCAGGAUCAAGUGCCAGCAGCACGAGUGCGAAGCCAUUAAGGAGUGCGGUGAAAACGCCAACAAUGAGCAGCACGACGUCAUUCGCAGCAGGAGCAGCUGUGGCCAAGAAGGCGCCUCAAACGGGGCAACAACAAGUUGGCAAGUCUGCAAAGUCCUCGGCGGCAGCAGCAGCUACAACAACAACUGGAGCAACAGCAACAACAAGGGCGGCAACGGCAGCGGCCAAAGCACAAAAAGGUCAGAAUCCACCCCCACAACAAGUGCAACCGAAGCAGCAGCAGCAGCAGCAACAACAACAGACACAGCAGCAACCCCUGGUGUUGCCGCAACAACAGCAGCAACACCAGGCGAACAACAGCAGCAACACGAUUGCCCUGCCAAAAGCCUCGCAUGCCAACACCAGCGAGGAGCUGGCCGGCGGCGUCCAGGACACCAUUUACCUGUGCAACUUUCGGGUGUCCGUCGAUGGCGAGUGGCUGUGCCUCAAGGAGCUGCAGGACAUCGAUGUCGCCGGCGGAACAGGCAGCCAGGCAGUGCAAGCCAGUGAAAAGCUGGGCGGCACUUCGAACACAGGCUUUGGGUCCAACUUUAGCACGGGCUCCAACUCCAGCAAGCGCAACAGCAAGCGCUUCUCCGGAAUGUCCACCGGAAGUGGCGGAGGAGCAGGAGGAAACGGAGGAGUUCUGGAUAUCACGGACAAUGGUAUUAUGGCAAUUGAAAACCUUAUCGGCCGCCGGCUGUCCGACAUGGUCCACAGUGGCUCCUCGGCACUCGGCCAGUCCCAGUCGCACUCCCAGUCGCAGCACCAGAGUGUCGGCCUCUUCGCCGAGUGGUCGCAUCUCUCCCGGGACACGGCGGAAAUCGAGCGCAGCAACCUGGUGAACAUCUGCAAGCUGGUGGUCAAGGAGCUGCUGGAGCAGUCGCUGCGCUACGGCCGCAUGCUGGACUCCGAUCACCUGCCGCUGCAGCACUUCUUCAUCGUCAUCGAGCACGUCCUGGGCCACGGGUUGCGGCCCAAGAAGGGUCUGCUCGGGCCGCGCAAGGAGCUGUGGGACCUGCUGCAGAGCGUCGAGCACUACUGCCCGGAGGCGCAGGACAUUACGGCGAGUGUGAGGGAUCUGCCCACGGUUCGCACCCACAUUGGCCGGGCUCGGGCCUGGCUGAGGAUCGCCCUGAUGCAGAAGAAGCUGUCGGACUACCUGCAGGCCCUCAUCGAGCACAGGGAGGAUUCGCUGUACGACUACUACGAGCCACAUGCUCUGAUGAUGAGCGACGAGAUCGUUGUGAUAAUGGGCAUUCUGGUGGGCUUGAACGUGAUCGAUUGCAAUCUGUGCGUGAAGGAGGAGGAUCUGGACUCACAGCAGGGCGUCAUUGACUUCUCGCUGUACCUGCGCUCCAGCUCCCGGAAUGCCGAUGCCGCUCCGGAGGACAGUGCUCCGCCUGCCCUGCUGGAUGCCACUGGGCAGGGCAACAUGAUUGCGGUGCUGGACCAGAAGAACUACAUCGAGGAGCUCAACAGGCACCUAAACGCCACGGUGGGCAAUCUGCAGGCCAAGGUGGAGUCGCUUACGACCACGAAUGCUCUGAUGAAGGAGGACUUGGCCAUUGCCAGGAACAGUUUGCUGGCCCUCCAGGCCGAAAACCAGGCCAUGCGGCAAUCCACUCCGGCAGCGGAUAACAAUUCCACCGGUUCUGGCAGUUCCCCCGAAAAGGACAAGGAGAAGUCGUCCGAGGAGCUGAUUGAAGAGCGCCGCAAGACCAGCGAACUGGAGAAGGAGCUCAAAUUGCAGGUGUCCCUCAAGGCCGAAUCCGACAUGGCCAUGAAGCUGCUGGAGAAGGAUAUCCACGAGAAGCAGGACACCAUCAUCUCGCUGCGUCGCCAAUUGGACGAUAUCAAGCAAAUCAACCUGGAGAUGUAUCGCAAACUGCAGGAAUGUGAAGAUGAACUCACACAGAAGGGCGAGAUGGUCUCGCGCCUGCAAACGAAAGCCUCACAAAUUGGUAACAUUUUACAAUCGCUAGAAAAGAAAUACGAAUCGAAGCUCAUCGACCAGCAUCACCAUGGAUCGGGAUCGGGUUCGGGAGGCGGACCCUAUGGCGGAGACCGCUCACCCAAUACAAGGCGACAGCAGAAUCUGGAGAAGUUCGAGGCGCUUACCAAGAAGCACAAACAGGACGCCGGUCCGCCCAUGAAGCGGAUGCACCUCAAGAUGGACGCCUUUCCGCCCUUCGAUCCGAGCAAGUACCGAAAGUCGCCGCGUCAGCCGGAUGCUCCGGAUGUACCAGAUGCUCCAGAUCCGGAUUCAGAGGUGGUGCCGCAGGAGAGUAAGGAAGCCAAGAUGCCCACGUCCGCCAAGUCCCUGAACGAAGAACUGGCCGAGGCGGCGGCUGAGGUCAGCCAGCAUUUUGGCGUGGAUGCCUCCCAAAGCGAUUACGUCCUGUGCCGGGAACAAACAGACGACGGAGAUACUUAAACAGCAGCUUAAUGUAGAAUAAGAUCCUUAGUUUAUAGAGCCAGUUUUGCUUUUCACACCCACAGAAUUAGUACUGUAUCAAUUUGGUUAACUUAUCCCGUUUCUGUACACAAAUCUAUACAGUCCAUAGAUUUGACCUGAUGUCUACAAUUAAGUUAAAAUCCCUUCUAAGUGUAUUUAGUGACUGACCGCAUUUAUAUAUAUUGAAAUUUAUUUAGUAACCAAUAUUUAAACGUCUGGCUAUAAAACUUAAAAGUUAUUAGUGCCUAAAGAUUUUCUUAAAAUUCAUUAAAAAACUAGAGGCAAAUUAAUUGAAUCUGAUAUGUGAAAACUUGGACAGGUUUUAUUGCUCCCACAUCCUUCAGACCUGGACAACCACUCAAAGUCCGCGUCCGGUCCCGAACGGAACUCAAAGUGCAACUGCUUCACAAGACUUUCAACAUUGGAGUCCACGACUAACAUAUAGGAUGCCUUUAAUCCCUAGACCAGAUCUCCUAAUGGAAUAGAAUACCAGUAUAAAAAUUGUUAAAGGUUUUGAAUUACUACUGUACGCAACCUGUUAGCUAAAUUAUCUUCCCAAAGCACCCGUAAACAAUGAUUAUAUACGACUAUAAUAUAACGACGUAUGUAUGUAUAUAUGUUAUGUAUAGUGCGAUUAAGAGGCUUCACAUGUUUAAUAUACAUAUGUAUGUACGUAUGGGUCCCCACGCAACAGCUUAUAUUGUAAUUAUACACUCAGCCUAGUCAAAUACAAGUAUUGUAAUUAUAUUAUAUAAAUAAAUAUUGAGACGAUAUGAAUCUAUGAAUCCAUGCAAUGUACAAUACGCGUUGGAGCAUCAGCCUAUAUUCCAAUACUCGUACUCCUCCUCUAAAUCGAACCCAGAGAAAUAAAAUUUAUCCGAACCCCAUGUGUUUCAUUUUCACCCUACUAAUACCGAGAUUUGAGUUAAUGAUGGAACAUUGUGACGCUGG